CGCCUGGGCACCAAAGGCCGCCGCGGCCUCUCCGGGGCCGCUCCCAAGACCUCGGGGACAGGCGCGAGGGAGGCCGCGCGCUUCCCGCACCGGGCCCGGAGCGGGCGGGGGAGGUGUAGCCGGAACAAGGGCCAAGGCGAGAUAUUCACCGGCGAAGAGGAGGCGGGGAUCGGGCUGCCCCGGCCUCCCGUAACGUUAUGCCUGUACUCCUGCCCCUCUGCGGGGCAACCGGCCGGGUGUUUUGCAGGCCCGGCCUGGCGGGGAGGAGUCCUCGAGGUCGCGUUGCUGAGCUUCCCAGCCGCCGAAAGGCCGUGAGGUGCCCCGAGCGAGAGGAGGAGGAGGAGGGAGAAGGCAGGAAGGGACACAGCCGCUUCGUUUUGAACCUAUGGAAGAACUACAAGAUACUUUGUACACAGAAAAACCAACAAAGUGGAGUCAAUCACAUGCGGCAACUUCAUGGGCUUGAAGGAUCACUUGAAGCAUGACCUCGGACACCUCUAUGAGGAUACAUCAGAGACUCAAAUAAGUGCAAUUGCACCUUGGUCAAUGAUAGAAAAACCAACUAUGGAUAAAAUUAAUUCUAAAAAAGAGGAUCCUAAGAAAGAACUGUCUGAAGAAACCAGAAGCUUCAGUUGUGAUUCUGAGGAAAAUACAAAUUCUGAUAAUGAAUUGGGAAAAGCAGCUAAAAUUAGAACAGAACCAUGCUCUUUAUCUAAGGAUCACAGACAAAAGUAUUCAUGUUUAGAACCACAUAUUCUAAAGCGCAAUGAAAUUUUACAAGACAUUAAGUUGGAGGAAGUUCAGAUAGGAUCUAAAGAAAUUAAAAAACCUGAUAUGGUGAAAGAAUAUCAAACCAAACUUGAUUUUGCGCUUAAGUUAGGUUACUCUGAAGAACAAAUUCAACUUGUGCUGAAUAAACUUGGUACUGAUGCUUUAAUCAAUGAUAUAUUGGGGGAACUUGUCAAACUUGGAAAUAAAACUGAGGCAGAUCAGAAUGUAAUUUCUAUUAACACUAGUGUAAUGCGAGAAGCAUCUUCCAUUGAUUCUCAGAGAUCUGACUCUCCCCUUCAAGAGGAUGUUCUUGUGGAUGGUGACAACCUGAGGCCAAUAGUUAUUGAUGGCAGCAAUGUGGCAAUGAGCCAUGGAAACAAAGAAGUAUUCUCUUGUCGUGGGAUAAAACUGGCCGUGGAUUGGUUUUUGGAAAGAGGACACAAAGAUGUCACAGUGUUUGUUCCAGCAUGGAGAAAAGAACAGUCACGACCAGAUGCACUCAUUACAGAUCAAGAAAUCUUGCGUAAAUUAGAAAAAGAGAAAAUUCUGGUGUUCACCCCAUCACGUCGAGUUCAAGGGAGAAGGGUGGUAUGCUAUGAUGACAGAUUCAUAGUGAAGUUGGCUUUUGAGUCAGAUGGUAUAAUUGUAUCUAAUGAUAACUACAGAGAUCUAGCUAAUGAAAAGCCAGAAUGGAAGAAAUUUAUUGAUGAGCGACUUCUGAUGUAUUCAUUUGUCAAUGACAAAUUCAUGCCUCCAGACGAUCCUCUCGGCCGUCAUGGCCCAAGUCUGGAGAACUUUUUGAGGAAGAAACCUGUUGUACCAGAACAUAAGAAGCAACCCUGUCCAUAUGGGAAGAAAUGCACUUAUGGACACAAAUGCAAAUAUUAUCACCCAGAAAGAGGAAAUCAGCCUCAGAGGUCAGUAGCUGAUGAACUUCGUGCCAUGUCUAGGAACACAGCUGCCAAAGCUGCUAGUGAAGGAGGACUGGUGAAAAGCAACAGUGUUCCUUGUAGUACUAAGACAGAUAACACUACAGAUCUCAAGCGAACUACUCCAAAGAGGCAAUCAGAUCCUAGUAUAAGGACUCAAGUCUACCAAGACUUGGAAGAAAAGCUUCCCACCAAAAAUAAAUUGGGAACCAGAUCUGUACCUUCUUUAGUUAGUAUACCAACUUCUGCUGCUGCAAAACCCCAAAGUACUGCACCUUUAACUAAUGGCCUUCCAUCUGGAGUUCAUUUCCCACCUCAGGAUCAAAGACCACAGGGACCAUAUUCUCCAGUGAUAAUGACAACCAAAAAUCAUGGAACGCCAAUGCCUUACGAGCAGUAUCCCAAAUGUGAUUCUCCUGUGGAUGUAGGUUAUUACUCUAUGCUCAGUGCAUAUUCAAACCUAAGUAUCUCUGGUCCCAGAAGUCCGGAAAGACGUUUCUCUUUGGACACAGAUUACAGAAUUAGUUCUGUAGCUUCUGAUUGUAGUAGUGAAGGGAGCAUGAGUUGUGGCAGUAGUGAUUCCUACAUGGGUUACAAUGAUAGAUCCUAUGUGAGUUCUCCUGACCCUCAACUGGAAGAGAAUGUAAAAUGUCAACAUAUGCAUCCCCGUAGCCAUCUGAAUUCGCAGUCCUUCUUACAGAGUUACCACGAUACACUAACCAGAGUGCAAAGUUAUAGUCAUGAAGAACCAAAGCAUCAUCCGAAGCCUUCAGUUCCAUACAUGGCUGUGCAGUUUCAGCAUCCAAACAUGGGAAGCCGUUCUACUUGUCCUAUUGACUACCCCACUUCUCAGGGUUCACAGCAUUCAAAAAGCAUGCCUCUGGGGAGAGCUCUUGCAUCCACAAGACUGGACAGUAUAUCAGACUCACGUUUGUAUGAUAAUUCUCCAUUGAGAAAAAGAAAAACAUACUCUGCUCAAGAUGGACUCAGUAGUUGGGAUAGGCCAGGCUAUGGGAUGGAUACAUAUGGCUAUCGCCAAACUUACUCUUUACCCAGCAAUCCCACUCCACCAUGUUAUGAACACUUUGCUUUCCAAAGCUUACCUGAGCAACCCGAUCAGCCUUGGCAGAUACCUUACUGUGGAAUGCCUCAAGAUCUUCCAAGGUACCAAGACAGUCGAGAGAAAGUCUACAUCAACCUGUGCAACAUUUUCCCGCCUGACCUGGUGAGGAUUGUUAUGAAGAGGAAUCCUCACAUGGCAGAUGCUCAGCAGCUUGCUGCAGCCAUUUUAGUGGAGAAGUCUCAGCUAGGUUAUUGAUGACAUGAUAUUGAUGAUGCAUCUUUAUGGUGUCUAUAGUUCAGUUUCAGCUGUAUUGCUGAGGGAGGUUUGCUACAAUAGCAUUUGUGAUCUCCUUCUCAGCAAGGAGGUUAUAUAGUAAUCCAUAUAUGUGAAAUACUGUGCCAUGGAACCUGUAUGUAUAACCCCACACUGGAAGUAACAGGAUUUAUUUUAAAUACUCAGUUUUUUAAAAAAAAAAAUUUCGUGGCUGGAAUGUCUCUCCAGCUGAAUAUAUUAUAACUAUGAUGUCUCAAAUAAGAAUCCCUAGUGCAUGUGGGUUUUAUAUGCAGCACUUUUUAAUAUUUGUUACAUAUUUAUUAAAUUAUUGGGUGUUUUAUCCUUCAAGUGCAAAACAUUUUUUUCAAAACAGCAGAAAACUAAAGAGGAUUUUCUGUGCCCAGCCAACUUUUUUUCAAGUUAAGCUUAUUAGGAUCUAUUUUUUUCAUAAUUAAGUUAUUUAAUUUUAUUGUGUGAUUUUCUUUGUAUAUAAUCAUUUUAUUUAUAGAAAACAACAGUCUUUUACAGCACUGAAUUUUUUAAAGUAAUGUAUAAGUUACCAGUUUUUACAUUGAAAUGGGUAACAAUAUAUUAGUACUUUAUAGUAUGGCACUUUUUAAUUUGGUUAUGGAUUUAAUUUAUUUGUUGAUUACUGUUAAUUUUGUUGUAAGCAGAAGCAAUCAGUAGGAGAGAAACUUGUUUUUAUUAAUUUAUUAUGCAGAUGAAAAAAAAACUUUAUGUGCAGGUCCUGAAAUUAUUCAGCUUAUCCAGUUCCUGAUUGUCACAAAUUUGACUACAAAUAUAUCCGUUUAGGCAACAGUCUUGUGCAGCCAAUGUACAUUUCCAUUAAUCAGAAAUGGCAUUGAAAAGUGUAUCUCUUGUUCUUUUACUUAAUGCACAGGUAUUUCAUAAAAUAACUGUUUUUAAAGAAACAAAUUAUGUUCUCAAUGCAAUUUUUGUAUAUAAGAUUGUGUAUUUUCAUGCUAUUUAUUGAGAAAGUUUUACAUUGUGUUCAGGAUAUGCAACAUCUUAACUGCACUAUAGUAAUGGUAAUUAUAGAUGAAAACAGCACAUUCUUUUUGUGAAAUACUGUAUAGAAUUAGUUUUUCUGGCCUGUUGCAUUAUAUAGGCCCAAUUCUUGCCAUGAACAACAUAGCUUUAGAAGUAGACACUGUCAUCUCUUCUAGUAUUAGUAUGGGAGAUUUCUGGUUUUAAGUUUUGAGCUUUUGUAGCUCUUGUAAAAUGUAAUUUUACAUAAAUAGAUUAACAGUAGAUCUCACAGUGCCUGAUACCGUAGACAUCGUGAUUGACUGCUCAUAUAAUAGAAGUCCCUUCAGAGCUUCAUACUGUGAUGAUUCCCAAGUUUAUAUAAUUAUUGCUGAUAACUGGGUGGAUGACUGCAACUUGAAGAUGCUAUAGAAUCAGAAAGUACCUACGCUGUUGAUACAAAUUGUAUCUUUAACUAUUAGAACUAUUUAAUUUAUAUAUCUAACUUUUAAAAAGAACAUUGAAUUGUGUGAAAAUGAUUUUAGACUUUGGGCAACAUUUUAUCUCUUAUUUUUUAAAAAAAAUAUUUCAAACCCAGACUUUUUUUCUGCUUGAAUACCCCUUGACCAUUUAUCAUAAAACUGAGUAAGAUGAUAGCUAAAAAUAAUGAUAAAAUGCUGCCUAAAAAGAUGUCCAAGCACCUUUUGAAUACAUUUUCACUACUUAUGCAACACCAUGUGUUGUAAGAAGUAGGAUGUUGAUACACAGUAAAUGCUUCUGCAAAGCAUUAUACUUUUAGAGGUAUCCAGUAAUCUGAACCAUGUUCAGCAACUUUAAUUCAGGAAUUACUCUUCUACACAGUGUUCACUAUUGUAUAAUCAGACAGGAUAUUGCUUCUGUUAGGUUCAUCUCUCUCCCUGAAAAUGGCAUCUUACAUUUUGUCCAUGUGUCCUAAAAAAAAAACCUCUUUCAAUAUUCCUUUAUUUUGUCCUCAACUUCCUUGUUUCUAGCUUUUGCAGAAUAUAUUUUAUUGAAGAGAUUGUACAUUUUGCAUGGAUAUGCCAAUCCUCUUUCCUAUGAAAUAGAACUGACUUAUUGCAAUGGGCUUAUUAUUCACAUGAUGUUGUUGCUACUGGUGAGGGCGAAAUGCAGAAACAUGACUUCUGGAAUAGAGAUGUUUUAUAUUUAUUUUCAGUUGAUGUAUAUGGAAUCAUACUUAAGAUUGACUGCAGCAUCCUUUCUUGAGAAAAUUAUAUGAUUGUACAUUGUGUAUUACAGUGUUAAAAUGUGCAAUUGCUGGACUUGCGUAAUAUAGAAUUUAAACACACUGAUGAGAAAUGUGCUGACUUAACUGAAUUUAGGGCACAUGGCAGCUCUGCUUUGAUACACGUUUUCAGAGCUGAUGUGGUCUUCUCCAGUUACAAUUAAAAGCAGGUUUCUCCCCCACCCCACCCCUUGCCACACAAAUGUCUAUGUUGUGUUCCAUUGCAAUAACUUAAACAUAACUGGCUCUACUGUAUCCUGCAUUUUACAGAAAGCCGCAGAGUGUGAAAUAAUCCAUUUUUUGCCCUCAUUCUAUCAUUUUUUAGUGGGAAUACUUGGUUUGGGCUAACUGUAAUUCUGCCAUCUUAUAAACCGUUAAAUUUGAUUAAGCUCAUUGUUGUUGCUUUUUGUGCUGCGCAGGUCUUUAAUAAGCUAUUUGAGUAAAGAGUAUUAUUUUAAGUUCUAACAUUUAGAAAAUCAAGGAAUGUUUGGUUAUCUGCAUACUUAUGUGGUGUAUGGUUAGGGUGUAGAAGCAGGAAAGCUAGAGGAAAAUCCACUGUUAACUACCUAAGGCCUCAUAA